UACAGGGCAAACAAAGAGAACACUCACGAGACAAAGCAAUGUAUCUCUACCUUUUUCCAUGUCUCUUCUCAUUCACUAGUUCCCAACUCAGUUUUUUCUAAAACUGAUAAUUUUGAUUAACAACAAAAACAAACACAAAAUUUGCCAACAUUUCCUGAUCAAAACAAUUGACUAUAUUUUCCCUCUCUAUGAAUAAUCCCUCCACCAAUGAAACAAGCAUUGACAUUGGUAAUUCCUCAGGCAGAAGAGUAUCUUUUGCUGCUGAGAACCAUCCCCACCCAAAUGGAGAAUUAACACAACACCACGAGAACAACAAUGUUCCUUUACUUCUGCAGCCAUCUUAUGCGAGAUCAAAAUCUUUGGUCUACGAUGAACUGCGAAACUUUCGCAUAAGCCUCAAGUGGUGCGCUCUUGAUCACUCUUCCUGCGUUGGAAAACUCAUUUCCUAUUUCUCAUUCAUCUUCCUCACUGUAAUUGUUCCACUCUUCACGUCCCUCUUCGUUGAAGUCCCUGCGUCUGCACCUGAAGAUGACCCCUUCUCCUUCAACAAGCUUGUCCAAAUACCAGAAUCUGGCCUCGCCAUCAUUGCCUUCUUCACUCUGUCAUGUUUCUUCCGAAGGUAUGGCCUAAGGCAGCUUCUGUUCUUAGAUGCAUUGGAAGACGACACUACCUAUGUUCGACGCGGGUACACACGUGAGCUUGAGAAGGCAUUCAAAUACUUAGCAUACAUAGUCCUACCCUCCUUCUUCGUAGAGCUCGCGCAUAAAAUCACAUUCUUUUCAGCUGUUAAGAUUUCAACACCAUAUAAUACCAGCCCUGUGUUACCUCUGAAGGUGAUUCUGUUCGUGUUGGUGUUGGUUUCUUGGGUGUACAGAACAGGGGUGUUCUUGUUGGUGUGUGUGUUUUUCAGGCUAACUUGCCAGCUUCAGAUUCUGAGGUUUGAAGGGGUUCACAAGCUUUUCGAAGGGUGUGGGUCUGAUGCAGGUGUAAUAUUCAGAGAGCAUGUUAGAAUCAGAAGGCAACUAUGGGUUACAAGUCAUAGGUACAGGUUCUUCAUCGUUUGGUGUGUGGUUACAAUGACUGUAAGUCAAUUGGGUGCUCUGUUGCUGGUUUUGGCUUCCAAAUCUGACAAGACAUUCUUCAAUUCUGGUGACCUUGUGAUUUGUUCAGCUGUACAGUUGAGUGGGUUCUUUUUGUGCAUUUUGGGUGCCGCAAAAAUCACACACAGAGCUCAAGGAAUAGUAUCAAUUGCCACAAGAUGGCACAUGUUGGUGACUAAUGCUUCUGUUGAAUCAGAGCAAUGCAAAGCUGAAAUUCCUGAAGGGCUAGCCAGUGACAAUGAUUCUGAUUCCUCAGACAUACAUAUAUCAGUAGUCCCACGCCUUUCCUCUUUCCAAACUAGGCAAUCUUUAGUGACUUAUUUGCAGCACAAUCAUGGGGGGAUAACAGUGUAUGGGUUUUCACUUGAUCGAGGAUUGCUUCAUACUUUGUUUGCCUUCGAGUUUUCUCUUGUGCUUUGGAUUUUGAGUAAGGUGGUUGUCUUGUCCUAGCAAAAUAUUCAAGUCCUACAUAAGGACUUGCAUCAAACAAAAGGAAUGUGUAUCCCUGUAUCUUAUUGUUACUUCUCUUUUUUAAAAUUACUUCCAAUGUAUGAUGUGAGUAUACAAACUCUUUCAUAUAAAAGAGUUAAUCUACAACUAUGUAAAUAUGAAUUACAAGCUGGUAUUCUUUAAAUCUCAACCGUAGAUUUCUCAAUAAACGGUUGUGAUAGCUUAUUAUACCUUUUAAAGUGACUUCCUCCUUUUAGAGGAGUCAAAUCCGCUCACCACAGUCUGAACAUGCGACUCGAACC